CGAGGAACACAUGAAGUCUUCAAAAGGAGGAUAGACGACUGGAACACUUGUGUAAGUGUAAAGCGCCUAUCGUAGGGGCUUUAUCUUAGGCUCUUGGCAGCUGGAAUGCGUCAGCAAUAAGCCUCCUGAUGCUUUAUUACUCUCUCUGGAUAAAUUCCUUGCACCGCCACAUGUGCGCUGCUCCUCUCCCUAAACUGCUCCACGAAAUUGAUCAUGGCUACAACACGCCGCGCAAGUCGACGUUGACGUUGUGCAGCUGGCUCCUGCAAGCGCCUGCUGUGGAGAACGAACAGAAACGGACCUCACCGCGUACCUGACGACUCCAUGGAAGCAAGUCCUAAUCGUCGCAAGCAGGAAUGGACAAGGAGAAGGAAAGACCAGAUGCCGGGUUGAGAUCUCUUGACCACUACAAGGUCAAACUUCCAAAAUGGCGGUACGCUUUUCGAGAACGACUCCUACCCAUCGUUCGAUGGGAGACUCCUUAUGUCGCGUGGUUCCAAAAUAGUCUGCGCACCCCAGCAUUGGAUACAUAUUUCGCAAUUUCUGCAAAUUUGGGAACACAUACAGCUUUCAUGGUCCUAUUGCCAAUACUGUUCUGGUGCGGUCAUACAAGUCUGGGGAGAGGAAUGACACAAGUCCUGGCUGCUGGUGUUUUCUGGAGCGGGUUUGUCAAGGACAUGCUGUGCUUGCCUCGUCCUUUGUCACCUCCGUUGCAACGAAUCACCAUGUCAGGGUCUGCCGCCCUCGAGUACGGGUUUCCUUCUACACAUUCAACCAACGCGGUAUCCGUCGCUGUAUAUGCGCUUUAUCUUCUGGGGCAUGUGAAGGAGCAGAUGAAUCCCAAUGCUCACCUUGGACUUCAAGUUGUCUGCUACUGCUACGCAUUCUCGAUUGUGCUCGGUCGUCUAUACUGUGGGAUGCACGGCUUUUUCGACGUCAUCUGGGGGAGUGCGCUUGGAAUCCUGUUGGCGUUGGUGCAAUGCUUCUACGGCGAAUGGUUUGACGAGUGGCUGCACGCUGGCACUUUACAGCGAGUCAUUAUUGUUGUAUUGGUCAUUUUGGUGCUGGUACGCAUCCACCCCGAACCCGCGGACGACUGCCCGUGUUUUGAUGACAGCGUUUCCUUUGCCGGCGUCUUCAUGGGCGUCCAAUACGCUGUAUGGCAUUUUGCACGAACAUCAUAUGCAUGGUCGGAACCCGCUCGGGGGACCGUCCCAUUUGAUUUGGCAAAGAUGGGGUGGGUAGUGGUCGUCGCACGCAUCCUGCUCGGCGUCAUAAUGAUCUUUGCAUGGCGAGGUAUAUCGAAACCAACACUACUCAGGUUCCUACCGCCUAUCUUUCGAGUCAUCGAAGAGUUAGGGCUGACUCUUCCUCGGCGAUUCUUCAAACCUGCAUCAGAAUACGAGACAGUCCCUCGGCAAGAAAACGACGACAACGUCAUACCUCCCGCGAGGGAUAUUCCUCACCUCCUAUCGAACCUCAGAAGAAGGAGAGCCAUUUCGGUCGGUCCUCAAUCAGAGGCCGAUGCCUACGAGGCGUUGGCAUACCGCGAUAAGAGGCGCAGAGACAGCACAAACCAGCAUGGGGCACCGAGUCCCGUCAAAGAAGCGCUCUCGGAGCCCAGCUACUUCCAGGAGGGGAAUCCGCACCAGAAGGGAUCACCAGAAGGCAGAAAGAGAUCUAGCAGCCUUGAAAUGUUCCGAGCGCAAAUGGGUACGGGAGUGGAGGGGUUGUCUCCUAUGCCGCUAAGCACCCCAGGCCCACAGGAGCAACAGGCAAUGGACCUCCUUCAGGAAAGACGCCUUUUCGCCAGUAUUCAGAGACCACGAGUACGGUAUGAUGUUGAGGUGAUCACCAGAUUAAUUGUCUAUUCUGGGAUUGGCUGGUUGGCGGCAGAGGGCAAUCCUAUUCUUUUUCAGCUCGUAGGACUUGGACUGAAAUGAGGAAAUGGUGUCGAUGUUCUCAGUCAGCAUAAUCUUCAUAUACUCAAAUCACGCUACGUUUGUUCUCUGUAAUGCAUUCACGAGAACUCCAUAUAGAUAUUUCGUCUCGACGCAGGUUUGCCUGACCGGAGACAAGAACACCUUAUGGCAUAAUGAUUCGCCGGAGAAAUUCGAAUGACUGGUCUUGGCAGAAUUGUCACUUUUGUCGGCUCCGCAUGCGGU